AUGCCCUGCACCCCUGCCCUGCACGCCCUGCACCCCCGCCCUGCACCUCCGCCCUGCACCCCCGCCCUGCACCCCUGCCCUGCACACCCCGCUGCGUCCUCCUUCGCUGGGCUACAGAGUCCUCAGCAGCGGUGCGAGGGGCGUGCAGAAUUGUGUCCCAGCCCCCAGUUUAUCGUGGGCGGAGCCACACGCACAGACAUCUGUCAGGGGAGUCUAGGUGACUGCUGGCUGCUGGCCGCCCUGGCCUCCCUGACCUUGAAUGGAGAGCUGUUUCGCCGCGUGGUCCCGGGGGGCCAGGAUUUCCAGCAGAACUAUGCGGGGAUCUUCCGUUUUCAGUUCUGGAAGUACGGCGAGUGGGUGGAGGUGGUCGUGGACGACAGGCUGCCCACCAAGGAUGGGGAGCUACUCUUCCUGCACUCAGAGACGGGCAGCGAGUUCUGGGGAGCGCUGCUGGAGAAGGCCUAUGCCAAGCUCAACGGCUCCUAUGAGGCUCUCACUGGAGGGUCCACGGUGGAGGGAUUUGAGGAUCUCACCGGUGGCAUCUCUGAAUUUUAUGAUCUGAAGAAUCCCCCAGCCCACCUGUUUCAGAUCAUCCAGAAGGCCCUCCGUGCGGGGUCCCUGCUGGCCUGCUCCAUUGAUGUCUCCAGUGCAGCUGAAGCAGGAGCAGAGGUGACCACCUGCCAGAAGCUGGUGAAGAGCCACGCUUACUCUGUCACUGGGGCCCAAGAGGUGGAUUUCCGGGGCCGUUCUGAGAAGCUGAUCAGACUCCGGAACCCGUGGGGCGAAGUGGAGUGGACGGGGGCCUGGAGUGACGAUGCCCCAGAGUGGAAUGACAUAGAUUCCAGGCAGAAGGCGGAGCUGGACAAGAAAGCGGAGGAUGGCGAGUUCUGGAUGUCAUUUUUGGAUUUCUUGGGGCAGUUCUCUCGGCUGGAGAUCUGCAACUUGUUCCUGGACUCCCUGAGCAGCGAGGAGCUGCACAAAUGGGACCUGGUCCUGUUCAACAGCCGCUGGACUCAGGGCUCCACCGCCGGGGGCCGCUCCAACUUCCCAGCCACUUACUGGACCAAUCCCCAGUUCAAAAUCCAUCUGGAGGAGAGGGAUAACAGCCAGGAGGGGGGCGUCGGUGAACCCUGCUGCACGGUGCUGCUGGGUCUGAUGCAGAAGAAUCGUUGGCGCAGAAAGAGAAUAGGACAGGUCAUGCUCAGCAUCGGCUACGCUGCCUACAAGGUCCCCAGAGAGCUUCAGGGCCACACAGACACGCCCCUGGGCCGGAACUUCUUCCUGGGCCGCCAGCCCUGCGUGCGCUCCAGCACCCACGCCAACCUGCGGGAGGUGUCCGGCUGGCUGCAGCUGACGCCGGGGGAGUACCUGAUCGUGCCAUCCACCUUCAAGCCCUUCCAGGACGGAGAAUUCUGCCUGAGGCUCUUCUCAUGGAAGGCCAAGAAGGCCCUGGAGAUGGGGGCUGUGGUGGCUGGAAACCCACAUGAGCCGCACCCCGGCGAUGUGGACCAAGAGGACGGCCAGUUCGGGAGCCUGCUGGGGAAGCUUGCGGGGAAGGAUUCUGAGAUCGAUGUCCAUGAACUCAGGACACUUCUGAAUGAGGCCUUUUCCAAAGAAGCAGACGUAAAAUUCCUUGGAUUCGACCCCAACACUCUCAGGGAGAUGAUCAGCUUGAUGGACAUAUCCUUUGCCUGUUGCUGUAUUUUCCCUUUUCCCUGAUUUUCGGGACUCCUGGACCUUU